AUGAUUGGGGUGGUUGCAAGGGAUCAUCUUGGUGAAGUCUUGAAAAUCAGGGCGGUUUCUUUUCAAUGUGAUAUUCCUGAACUUGCUGAGGCUUAUGGAAUUCUUCAAGGUCUGAUCUUAGCCUCAGAGGAAGGUUGGACCAAUCUCGUAUGUGAAUCUGAUGCAAAAAACAUCAUCUCUAGCUUAAAUAGUUCAAACUUGCAGCUCACGCACUGGUCAGCAGAAGGAAUCUUGAACGAUAUUCUCUUGAUGCAAGGCUUAUUCCAGUCUGUGGUCUUUAACUGGGCUCCUAGGCAGUCUAAUUUCCUGGCGCAUUUUGUUUGUAAUUGGUGCAUUAGGAAUUACAUUUCUGGCACUUUCUCUGCUAGUUUCUUUCCUUCGAUGUUUUCUUAUUUUGUUUCCCAGGAGCGUGGCGGUGAAGCCACCUCUUUUGUGUAA